UUUUAUCUUAAUUCAAUUUGUAGACUGGUGCUCAUCUGUGACUGCAAGAGAACAAGUGUCACCUUUCUUAAGCUCAUUUUUGUGGAUUAUCAAGAGUGUUGUUUUUAUUUAUUUCUUUAUUUUUGUGACCCUAGGAAUCAAACCCAAGGUCCAGCUCAUACUAGGUAGACAGUCUACCACUAAACUACAUCCCCAGGGCACAAAGGUGCUGUUUUUACAGCAGAUUCUACAGUUUCGCUCAUUGAGGCUUGUUUUAAAAAAAUUAAAAGUGGGUCUGUGGAGCUCAGAUUUUCUUUGGGGAAAAUGGGCUGAAGAUGGAUCAGUCACUAACACACUAACAAAUAAGGCACUGUAAAUUUUCUAGAUAUGACCCACCAAAAAAACUAAAAGGGGACCAGGGACCAAAAUAGUGGUUCUCAAAACAUUCUUCCAAACAAUAUCACUGUCUCCUGGGAAUUUGUUAGACAUCUGUUAAUUUGUUAACCACACCUGCUGAAUGAGAAACAGGUAGGAUCCAACAAUAUGCAGUUGGAUCAAGAAGCCCUCUUAGUGAUUCUUGUGUGUCCUAAGGCUAGAGAGUAUUGGCACCCAAGAGGGGUCACAGGAGACCUUUGUGAAAAAUUUUUACUGCUAGUUUCCCCUUGUAGGGUAAGUCCUUCAGAGGCAGUGAUUUUUUUUCUGUCUCGUUAGAGAUCCAUGUAAUGCUGAGAACACUCAGUAGGUGCUCAAUAACUGUUGAACAAACCAGUUUACUAAACACAGCCAGGCUGUGUAGUCAAAGAUAGCCUUGAAUUUCUGAUCCUCUUGCCUCUACACUCCCCCGCCCAAGUUGCUAAUUUAAAUGGUGCUAAGGAACAAACCAAGGGUUUCGUCAAUGCUAUGCUAUCACUCUACCAACUGAGCUACACCUCUAACCUUUAAAAGUUUUUAUUACAUUUAUUAAUUGAGGCACUGCACAUAUGAGCCACAGUGCACAUGUCAGAGGACAACUUGAGGAACUCAGUUCUCUCCUUUAUCCAUGUGAGCCCUAGGAAUUAAACCCAGGUCAACAAGUUUUGCAGCAAGCACCUUAACUGAGCAUUCUCACCUCUACCCUGCCCCUUUUUAAAUUUUAUUUUUCAGACAGAAUCCCACAAAAUCAGCCAGGUUAGCCUUGAACUCACACUGUAGCCUUGAACUUUCUUUCUGCUUGUUUCAACCUCCAAAGCAGCUAAGACUAUAGACUAUUACCUUUCAGGGUCCUGCUUGUGGGCACAUUUUACAAUAAAGGAAACAGGCUCAGAAGAGAUUAUUAUCUGCCCUAGGUACUCUAAUAGACUAUGGCCCAGCUCUUUGUCUUUUCUCUAUCCCUGUAGACUCUAAGGGUUUCUUCAGAUGCACCCCCACACACCCUAGGCAAUGUGUAUGCCUGAACCCUCCCCUAUUCUGAAUCGCUUCCCACACAAUGCCACUUCCCUUUUUCACUUCCCUUGUAUUGACCUCCCACACAUACAUGCUGACCACAGGAACCUCACUUUUAGGAAAGGGUUAGGCUUUCAAAAUGGUAGUUAAAGUAGCUGCCCUGAUGCCUUCUCCUUGACAGACUGACAAGGGCUUCCUUCAUUUCACCCUUCUUCAGAAGCCCCAUGAAAUUGACCACUAUAGUCAAGAUUAUAUGAGUCACCCAACGUGUUACUUGCCUGUUCAAGGUCAGCCUGGUGUACAAAGCAAAUUUCAGGUAUGGCUAAUAUGUUGCAAAAACCUUAUCUCAAAAAAAAAAAAAAAAAAGGAAAACCAAAGCUGAGAAUUUAAAGUGACUUGCCAAGCCAAAGUUGACACACACCUAGGUGGUUAUUGCUUCAGACUUUCAGGCUCCAGUGCCCUUUAGUGAGAAUUUGUCUCCAAAGCAUUGACUGAAAACUAAGAUUUCUGGGUGGCGUGGAGUAUUAGGUGACAAAGACUGAGUGACCAAGCAGGAUCAAGGGUGACUCAGGAAAUGGAGAGGGAAGAAAAGAGGAGGUAGAGUGCUCAAGGAAGAGGUCAGAGUUAAGGGGCCAUACCCUCCCAGUUCCUCCUGCCCUGGGUUCCUCUUUCCAGAGCAGGUCAGCCCAGACAAAACCAAAGCCUCUUCUCUGUGAGGAGUGCAGAAACAUAGUGUUCACAAUGCCCGUUGGAAUGCAAGCCCCUCAGUGGCUCCUGCUCCUAUUGCUUAUCCUGCCAACCACAGGCUCAGACCCUGUGCUCUGCUUCACCCAGUAUGAGGAGCCCUCUGGCAGGUGCAAAGGCCUACUUGGAAGAGACAUCAGGGUGGAAGAUUGCUGUCUCAACGCUGCCUAUGCCUUCCAGGAACAUGAUGGGGGCCUCUGUCAGUCAUGCAGGUCCCCACAAUGGUCAGCAUGGUCCUCAUGGGAGCCCUGCUCAGUUACAUGCUCUGAGGGGUCCCAGCUGCGACACAGGCGCUGUGUGGGCAGGGGUGGACAGUGCUCUGAGAAGGCGGCUCCUGGAACUCUUGAAUGGCAGCUACAGGCCUGUGAGGAUCAGCUAUGCUGUCCAGAGAUGGGUGGCUGGUCUGAGUGGGGACCCUGGGGGCCUUGCUCUGUCACCUGCUCCAAAGGAACCCAGACCCGUCAACGACUAUGUGAUAAUCCUUCUCCUAAGUGUGGGGGCUAUUGCCCAGGAGAGGCCCAGCAAUCACAGGCCUGUGACACUCAGAAGAUCUGCCCCACACAUGGGGCCUGGGCAUCCUGGGGCCCCUGGAACCCCUGCUCAGGAUCAUGCCUUGGCGGAGCUCAAGAACCUAAGGAGACACGAAGCCGCUCAUGUUCUGCACCAGCACCUUCACACCAACCCCCUGGGAAGCCCUGCUCAGGAACAGCCUAUGAGCAUCGGGGCUGUAGUGGCCUACCACCUUGCCCAGUGGCUGGUGGCUGGGGACCAUGGGGCCCUUCAAGCCCCUGCCCGGUGACUUGUGGCCUGGGCCAGACCCUAGAACGACGGACAUGUGAUCACCCUGUACCCCGUCAUGGGGGCCCCUUUUGUGCUGGUGAUGCCACUCGGAAACACGUCUGUAACACAGCCAUGCCUUGCCCUGUAAAUGGAGAGUGGGAGGCCUGGGGAAAAUGGAGUCACUGCAGCCGUGUGAGAAUGAAGUCCAUCAGCUGUGAUGAAAUCCCAGGCCAGCAGUCACGUUCAAGGAGCUGUGGUGGCAAGAAAUUUGAUGGGCAGCCAUGUACUGGAAAUCAAGAUAUUCGACACUGCUAUGACAUCCAUAACUGUGUCUUGAAAGGUUCAUGGUCACAGUGGAGUACCUGGGGUCUGUGCACACCACCAUGUGGACCCAACCCCACCCGUGUCCGUCAGCGACUCUGCACACCUUUGCUCCCCAAGUACUCGCCUACAGUUUCCAUGGUUGAAGGUCAGGGUGAGAAGAAUGUUACCUUCUGGGGGAUCCCACGGCCACUGUGUGAGGUGCUACAGGGGCAGAAGCUGGUGGUGGAAGAGAAACGGCCAUGUCUACAUGUGCCUUCCUGCAGAGAUCCAGAAGAGAAGAAACCCUAAAAUCCCUUGCCUCCAUUCUGACCCCCUGACCUUCUAAACCUCAAUAAACCAGCCUUUCUAGA